AUGGAUUCUGAUUUGAGAGAUUUAGAUCUUUAUGGGAUGCUUGGAAUCAAACAGUCGGCUACUGAAAAAGUGAUGAAAACGGCAUAUCAGAAGAAAGCACUGCGAUGGCAUCCAGAUAAAAAUCCCGAUAAUCCCAAUGCAGCUCAACUGUUCUUGCGGUUAUCCAAAAUAUUAACUAUUCUUACAGACACAGCAGCUCGAUUGGAUUAUGACAAGUCGGUAAAUCUGCUGCAAAAUUGCUCAAAAAAGGACGUGAUUCGGAAAGAAAUGAUGCUUUUAAGAAAAGAAAGUGACCUCAGGCACCGAGAAACUGAAAAAGAAAAAAACGGUUCAUUAAUAUUAAAAUUAAAGUGGAAGAAAAACGGUGUCUAUAAUAAAGCUAACUUAACAUCAUUGUUUUCUAAGUACGGUGAACUAUCAUUUGUUGUGGUUCUGAAAAAUUCUGUGGCUUUUGUGAUGUACAAAUCUAAGACUACUGCCGUAAGUGAUUUUAAAUUAAAUUAA